UCGACACUGACAGACAUUGAUUUUGUCAGUGUUUUACCGUAUUUUACACCAGUUUUUACGAAAGUUUUAUACCGAAGUUUUAACUUCCGCCAUGUUCGGGGACCACCCUAGCAAAACUGUAGAAAAUGUGAAGGUUUUCAUACGAAUCCGUCCUCUAAACGACAACGAAUCGCUGGGAUACACCAAGGGAACCAUCGAAAUCAACAAGGAAGAAUGCAGUAUCCUCCUGAACAACAACGAAUACAGAGAAUUCGAGAAACUCUUCAGAUUCCACCAGGUCUUCCCCGAAGAGACCAGCCAGCAGGAGAUCUACCACACUGUAGCAGCCCCAAUAGUGGACACCGUCUUGAAGGGUUACAACGGUACAAUUUUCGCCUAUGGACAAACUGGCUCCGGCAAAACCUACACGAUGGUUGGGAACAACAAUACCAAAGAACUCCAAGGCAUAAUUCCGAACUCAUUCUCGCAAAUAUUCAGCCAAAUAGCCAGCUCGGUGGAGCAGAAGUCCUUCGUGGUCACCGUCACGUUUCUGGAGAUCUACAAUGAGGAAAUCAGGGAUCUUUUAUCGCCAACCACCGGCAAAAAACUCGUCAUACACGACCAUAAAACCUACGGAUCCUUCGUGAAGAAUCUCUCGGGUUUCACUGUUAAUUCCAUGGAUGAACUGAGGAAGCUGUUCAUAAGAGGAAACAAAAACAGGACAACCAAGUCGAACACCCUCAACAUGAGUAGUUCAAGGUCCCACGCCAUUUUCACCAUAAUGAUCGAAUCCAAGAACCACAGUACCAACGUGACAACCUUCGGAAAGCUCAAUUUUGUAGAUCUGGCAGGUUCUGAAAGGUUGAGUAGAACCAAAGUGACCGGGGAUAUGCUGAAAGAGGCUAGCCAUAUCAAUCUAUCACUCUCUGUACUAGGAAACGUAAUAUCCAAUUUGGUGGACGGUAAAUCUUCCCACGUGCCAUACAGAAACUCCAAGCUUACAAGACUUCUACAAGACUCCCUUGGUGGUAACUCCAAAACGGCGAUGAUAGCCACGUUGAGUUUGGCGGAAAUAGAUUACGAUGAAACCGUGUGUACCUUGAGGUACGCCUCGAGAGUGAGAUACAUCAAGAACUACGUCAGUGCCAACAAAAAAACGGACGGUCUGAUCGCCUCCUUCGAAAAACAGAUACAAGAGCUCCAGAACAAGGUCAAGACCAUCCAAGAAGAACAGGAAACCAAGAGGACCAAACAGUACGAACUGAAGAUGAAGGCCACGGAGAAGAAGAAACUCCAAGAGGAACUUCAGACCACGGAAAACGUCAAACAAGAACUGAUGAACAAAAUCGAACUGCUACAACAGAAGAUCAUCGUGGGAGGCGUGAACCUGCUGGAUAAGGUUGAAGAACAGAACUGUCUCAUAGAACAGUCUUCCAGUGAACUGGUGGAGCUGCAUGAGAAGACCAAAGCGUUGGAAGACAUCUUGGACAACAAGAACAUGAUGAAAUUGGAGCUGAAGCAGAGCUAUUCGUCCUUGCAAGAGGAGAAUGAGGAUUUGGAUGAUCAGAUUUCGAAAGUCCAAGAAGAACUGAAGAAGCUAAGGGAAGAACAGGGCAAACAACAGUCUGAGCAGCAGUUCGAAAUGGAGAGAAGAUUGGACCAGAAAAAGGCUCUGUCUCAAGAUUUAGCCCUUUACAAUUUGGUCUUGCAAAAUAUGAUACCGAAAAGGUACAAAAAGAGGAUAGAGGCGAAUAUACAGUAUGACCAAGAUGAAGACGAAUUCCGGUUGAAACACGUAGCUCAUGCUGGCAACAACAUCGGGAGAAAGUAUAAGGAGGACGAGAAUAUCAAGAGGAUGAUGCCUUGGCAAAUCAAAUCGCCCUAUAUUAUACCGAGCAGGAAAUAUUAAAAUUGUUAUUUUAUUCUUUAUUUAAGUUUAUUCAAUCUACUCUGUUUUUAUCCAUUUUUAAAAGUUUUUUAUACUUUUAAGUCCAUUAAAAGGUUCGCUUAUGAGUUA